AUGUCUAAAAAGUUCUCUCUUUCUCUUGCUCUUUCAAAGGAGUUUUUAGUGAAGAUACCUAGACUAGGGCCGAGACUCUAUGAAUUUGAAGGGUUUUACGGGGUUUCUUCCAUUGCAACAACAUCAACCGAUUCUCCCAGACCCAAGCCGCCACCAGAGCCGUCGAAUUCUAACAUGUCCUCUCCGGUUCCUAAGUCCGAAACGCUAGAAUCCCCAACACCAUCGGAUUCAUCGGUUGACAAUAAAUCCGAACAAGAUUCUCUUGAGUCGAAGAAUCUAGAACAAAGUGAGAAGGAUCGAGAAGGAGAGGAUGGGAAGGGAGAAGGAGGAGGAGAAGAAGAAGAGGAAGGAGAAUGUGGAUUUUGUUUGUUCAUGAAGGCAGGGGGAUGUAGAGAGAGCUUCAUAGCGUGGGAGAAUUGCAUUGAAGCGGCGGAGAAGAACAAAGAGGACAUUGUGGACAAGUGUUUCGAGGUUACUGGGGCUUUGAAGAAGUGUAUGGAGGCUCACGCUGAUUACUAUGAGCCCAUUUUGAUGGCAGAGAAGGCAGUGGAGGAGGAGGCCAAGAAGGAAUUGGAGAAUGAGAAGAAAGCAGAGGGAAAUGUGGCAGCGAAUGAGAAGAAAGCAGAAGGAAAUGUGACUGAGAAUGAGAAGACGGAGGAACCCUCGAAUUCGCAAGAUUCAACUGAUAAAUGAGAUGGUCAGGUUUUUUUUGUUGUUGUUGGAAAAUCAAAUAAUUAUUUGCUUAGCCUUUAUAGAAAUUUAUUGAUACUGAUUAGAGGAUCUUAAUUAAUUAAGAGUUCACCAUAUUUCGGUUAUUUUUUGAUGGAAUGAUGUUAUAGCUGACAUUGAGAAAAGGUGGAAGCUUUUCUAUGACAAUGAAGAAAUAAAGCCCUUGUAUUCUUACCA